GGGAGGAGUCACAGAGGGACAGAGCAGGAGUUAUCAGGACCAGGAGUCCAGUUCAGGACGGUUCUGCUGGGUCAGGAGUCCAGUUCAGGACGGUUCUGCUGGGUCAGGAGUCCAGUUCAGGACGGUUCUGCUGGGUCAGGAGUCCAGUUCAGGACGGUUCUGCAGGAAGAAGACUGUGAGUCAGCCUCCUGGACUUCAAAAGACCUGACUGCAGUUUUUAGAACCAGUUCUGUGGUCUUUGGGUUCUGUUGGGUCUUCUUCCUUGGAUGAUGACUGACCUGGACCGGGACAGUUCUAGGGGACCGUAGAAAAGCCACCUGUUGUGUUCAGAACCUGGACCCAGUCAGCGGUUGGGAUGUGGGUUUGUGGUUCCAGUCUGUGGAGCGGACCCCCGCUCAGUUCUGUGUGUGCAGUGAGCAUGGUACCAUCAUGAAGACCUGGACCCAGAUGAUCCGGUCCGGAUGGCUCGGCAGGACGCGGUGAGGUGUCUGCGGUGCCUGCUGUUUGGACUCAACCUGCUGUUCUGGCUGAUGUCAGCGUGUGUCCUGGGAGUGGCGGCGUGGCUUCGAGACACCCUGAACACAGUCCUGACUCUGACGGCCCACACCAGGUUGGAUGGAGCGGCCGUCCUCACCUACCACCCGGCGGUUCAUCCUGUCAUCAUCACUUCCUGCUGUCUCCUCAUCAUUGUGGCCCUGGUGGGCCACUGCGGCGCUCUGAGGUGUAACCUGCAGCUGCUCACCUGGUACUUUAUCAGCCUGCUGGUGAUGUUCUGUGUGGAGUUAGCCAGCGCUGUUUGGACCUAC